AUGGGAGAUCGGGCCCGGGGAUGGACAAGAGUUGGGCAAACAGGCCCGGUUCAACAUUAUGGUCGCAUAUGGGAGGCUGAGCGCGAACUUGAAGAACUGGGCAUAAUCGACAGUUGGAACGACGAUGACAGUUGGCCUAGCAUCAGUAAACCGCUCUUCAACGGUCCAGAUGCCAAGCGCUUCGAUGCGAAACUUAUCAAACUUGAUGACCUCGGAUAUGGCGCAUUUGGUCGUGUUGAGAAGGUCUCUUAUGGCUCGGUCUGUCUUGCGCGCAAGAGAAUUACCCGACGCCGCGGCUUCACAAUUGAUGAUCUACGCAAGGAAAGCUUGACCAUGCAAAAGCUUGACCACCGACAUGUUGUAAAGCUUAUUGCGACGUAUGCGCCACGAACCCACGAGUUAUGUCUCCUUAUCUGGCCUGCGGCUAUCUGCAACUUGGGCACCCUUCUAGAGGACAUAGAGUUCCUGCGACUGGGGGAAGGGGAUCGCGAGGACAUAAUUGAGAGGCUCGACGCACUGGACAUCAAGGACUUGAGCGCUAUCGAGCCCUCUUCCGAAGAUCAGCUUCUUCAUUCUACAACAAAAUGUCCUCUAGAGUUCCUGCGCAAUACGAUUGGGUGUAUAGCUCGCGCCAUGGCUUACUGUCACCAGAACGAUGUGAGGCACCUCGACAUUAAGCCGUCCAAUAUUCUCCUAAAGGCGGAUCGUGUGUACCUGGCCGAUUUUGGGGUCUCCAGAGACGUCAGUGGACAGGACCAAACAAUGACAGAAGGUGUACCUGGAACCGAGAGGUGGCGCGCCCCUGAACUCUACGCCAACAAUGGAUCUAGCAUGCAAUUUUCCGAUAUCUACUCGCUAGGCCUUGUCUUUCUAAAUAUUGCAACAGUGCUAUACAAUGUCCGGUUGGCCGAAUUUGACGAGGCUCUGAAAUAUCCAUCCAGAAACACCCAAGAAGAACAACUUUGCGAGCGAGAGAAAAAACUGAAUGCCCAUCUUGCAAAGCUUACAUCCCAUGCUCUGGUCACACCACCUUUUAUGUUUACUCAUGAGGGCCAAGAAACGGAAAAUGAUCGUCUGAAACAGAAGAUCAACGAAUUGGAAGGGCGGGACAGGACGUACGAACUUCGACUCGAGCACGAGCGCAAAGGUCAUGAGCAGGCCGUGACUAAUCUCCGAAAUAAGUUGAAGGACAUGGAGGAAAGAUGCCUUAUGCUGGAAGGCGAAGCUUUCCAUCGGGGUCAACAGGAUUUCCGACAUCGCGAUCACCAAGUUUUACGAACAUGGCAAGGUAUACUUUGCGGUCUCGUGGAUCGGGCUCCAAACUUCCCCUACCUGUGA